AUGGAAACUAAGAGAUUGAUUGGUAAGCACCUUCAGCCAGCAAGAUCUCUGUGCCUCUCUUCUCGUGCAUCCUUAGCCACAGUAUCAACAGACUCUGGUAGUUUUCAGGCUGACUUUCCAUGCAGUGCUUCUGUCUUUUUACAUAAUGAAAUUAGUUCAAUAUGUAAAUCUAAUGGAAUGCUGGUUUUAAAUGACAAUUUGAUUCCUAGUCUGUCAGUGCAGCAUAAAAAUGAAGUCACAAAAGAAAGAAUAACAUAUAGCAGAGAUUUCCUUCUGAAACUUUCAGGGGUUUCACUUGCCCAAAAGAAGCCAGAAUUUCUUCCUGAUCAUCCUAUUGUACUGGAAAAGUCAAAAAAUUAUUGUUUAUUACCUGCUACAAGCAAUGAUAGAUCUUUCUGAAGAUAAAGAAUGUGUCUCUUUUCACCACUUAAAAAAAAUUAAGGAAAAGUGAUCUGUAAUAUCAAUAGACUGAAUUCAGAUGUAUCUUUUACAGUUGGUGUAAUCAUCAGUAAAGCUAUAUUCAAGCAAAAAUGUAUGUGAAUCAACUUCAACUGUUGUCUGAUUCUGAAGUAGUAUUAUAUUAAGAUUUUUGUGGUGAUAGAUAAAGGAAACAGCAGCUGAAGUGAAGCAGGAUUAUUAUCACUUGUCAAGUUUUGGGAAUGUUUCAUAUGAAAAUAAGUUGCAGAUCUUAACAAGUGUGAGGCUCAUUUACUCACCUUUUAUUCUAGCAAAAUUCCAAAUAUUGGGAAUAUGCCAUGUAUAUCUGCUAUAAACUGUUCCUAUCUUGUGGCUGUUUGCAUUUUGAUUAGAUGCCAACUCAUAUCAUAAGCUAAACUGAGUUGGGGAACAUGGACACACACGUAACUUCUUUUUCCAUGUACCAACCUUCUUGCUAGAUUGUAGAACCUUUUAACAUCAAUAUGUACAAAAAAUGGUAUGAGCACUGGAAUCUUUGAGGAUUUUCAUCCCAAACAUUUAAGUAGUAAGUAGCAAAACAUGACCAUCAAAGAUGUAGAUUACCCCAUAUCCUUAGUCCCAACUUAAUUAGCUGUAUACAUGCAAUGCUUGUAUGGGGCUAUUCUGUAUAUUACAAAUGCCAUGGUGAAACAAUGGUUAGAAUGCAGUACUGCAGGCUAACUCACUGCUCA